CCAGAGCUGAUCCACACCUCAGAGGUAGGUACCAGCAUGUUGGGACAAGACACACUGCCUCACUUUGCAUUUUCUUCCUCCUUUUUCUGUAACAAAACCUCAGAGCACCUCUAAUUGUUACAACUGCCUGACAUGUUCUUUUGACAAUGAGCGGUUCUCUGAAGGAAUCAUAUGGAGGGAUCAGCGAUCAGCAUCAGCCUCAAGAUGAGAGGAAUGCGGCGCAGACGAGAACCUUCACCAGGUGGAUGAAUGUGUUUCUGCAGAGAUGUGACCCUCCACUUGAAGUGCACGACCUGUUCACAGACAUUCAGGAUGGCAGAAUACUCAUGGCCCUGCUGGAGGAGCUGUCUGGCUGCAAAUUACUUUACAGGUUUCGGUCGUCUUCACACCGCAUUUUCAGACUCAACAACAUUUCCAAGGCCCUGGCUUUCCUGGAUGAUAGACACGUGAAGCUGCUUGGCAUUGAUGCCUCCAGUAUCGCUGAUGGAGUUCCUUCUGUUGUUCUUAACCUCAUCUGGAACAUCAUCCUUCACUUCCAGGUGAAGAAGUUGACGACGGGCCUUCGGAGGUGUUUGUCUUCCAGCCUCUCGUCUUUACCAGAGAGCAGUUACUCCCCCUCCCCUGACCUCUCUCUGCAGCCAGAUGAUGUUGGCAGCUACUCCUGCAACACCUUGCCAAGCAAAAGCAGAACGGCUGCCAACGAGCCAAAGUACCACGGAAAAGCUAUCAAGACUCUUCUGCAGUGGGUCCAAAGAUGCACAUCAAAGUUUGGAGUGGAGGUAAACGACUUCGGGAAGAGCUGGAGAAGUGGUCUGGCAUUCUUAGUUAUGAUUAAGUCGAUAAACCCACACUUGAUUGACCUGAGGGAGAGUCUGUCCAGAGAACCACAGGAAAACAUUCAGCAGGCCUUCACCAUCGCCCAUCACAGUCUGAAUAUAACGCCUCUGCUGGAGCCUGAAGACGUGACACAGACGUCACCAGAUGAGCAGUCCAUCAUCACUUACGUGUCCAUGUUCCUGGGGCACUGGUCAGACACAGACGAGGAUCCUUUUAUGGAUACUGAGGUUCCUGAGAUCCCUAACUUUGGCUCUCUUGAGUCAGUCAGCCUUGGAGACACCUGUGCUGACAGUGCAGAGGCUCAAGCUCUGCUCAGAGGUUUGGAGAAGAGCAGUGAGCAGCUCCUGUGGAGGCAGUGGUCCACAAGAUCCUCGGACAGCGCGCGUGCCUCCUCGCUCCACACGAAGGAAGCGGUUUCAUCUGACCUCUCCCCCACCGACAGUGACGCCCUCUCAUCUCGUCAUGGCCAAAAUAUCACUGAGCAAUCUGCAGCCAGUGCUGCCACCUCACCUUUCCCCAACAAGAGAGGAAGAUGUCGAGGCAUUUUGCAGCCGCCCAGUCCAAUGGAUGCAAGGAUAGUCAGCCCGGAGAUCCGAUCAUGGAUGGAAAAAGGGUCAGAUCCGGUCAACAGCAAGCCAAGAGUUAACUUUUCUUUGAGUUCAGAGGAAGGGAUCUACAGCUUAUCAGUGCUGGACUCAGACGAGGAGGAGGCCUACAGCUACAUCCUGGAUCUGAACAAAGAGGUUUUCCAGCCAUAUAAUCAGCCAAAGAGACAAGUAGCAAGAGUGGAAGAGGAGACAGUGGAGGAAAUGUAUGCAGAGUCAAAGUCCUCGGAGGGAAGUGGGAUGUUAAAUGGUCAGGAAGCCCCCUCUGUGCAAAAGACAGAUUCUGAUCUUGAAUCUGCAGUCAAGGCCCAGUCUCUGUCUCACAGGAAGUUUGAUUUGGACACAAGAGGAAAUCGUUCCAGAGCGAUGACAAACAAUAGACUUGUGUUUGAUGUGCAGCAAGAAGAUGAAAGCACUAGCAAAGAGGAACCAGGGGAGGAGAGAGUUGUUAGAGGGCAGAUUAAUGAUUCUGGUGAUUCUGUUGACAGAGAGAAGGAGGAGGAGACAGAGGAUGUUCAGCCGGUGACACAUGGAAAUGAUAAAGCAGAGGCUCCAGAUAAAAGAGAAAAAGCAGAGAUUUAUAAAAUUUCUCGCUGGCAGAAUGAGGUUGAGAAAGAGACUGUCAAAGAAGUUGUUGUAAAAAGUGUGCAAGUGAAUAAGAAGAGGGUAGUUAAUGAAGAGGAAGAUGAACAUUCAGCAUUUGUUAAAGGGCAGGACAGACAAGAGGAGGGUAAUAUUAUGAAGGAAGAAAAGGGAAUUCAAGAAAGCUUUGUGGUUAAAGAGGGUUUUGUGGCAAAUGAUAAAAUAUUAAGUGCCGAGGUUGUAUGUGAAGAAGACGAAGUAGAAGAGGGAAAAAAGAACCAGAAAGACACUUUUCCCCAAACAGAAGCUUUAGCCAAGAACAAACAGGAGUACACAGUCAAAGUCACACGAUCAAUGGACUUUACAACAGCAGAAAAAAAAGACACAGAACUGAAGGUUAGGAAGUGUAAAAUAACUGAAGAGACGACAAGAACCAAAGAUCAUCUGGAGGGAACGAACUCAGACAGUGGCACUGAUGGAGUUGUCAUUCCUGCUGGUGAUAACAGCAGCAGAACAAGCAGCUCUCAUUCAUCCAGUGGUGAGGGAGGAUUCAUUCUUCAGUCCUCUGCAGCCUCCUGUGACAUAACCCCAUUAGAGCUGCAAAUUCUCUUAGCCCUGUGGAUCCUGCUCUACUGCUGCUUCAUCCUGCCUGAAAUGAACCUCUGAGGCCCCCUGCUGUAAAGCCUUCUUAUUAAGCUAUGCUUAUUAGCCCAGUUUCCACUAAUGAGCCAAACAGGGACACUUAGGGCUGCGUUGACUCUUUAUCUGUGUCACUAAAUUUCCCUCAAGGCAAAAUUUAAUGAUUAUGUUUGCCUCUUGCUGCCAGCAGAUAUAAUUUGUCACUUGGGCUAUAGUCUCAGAUAAACACACUGUUUUCUGUUGUCGCACGGUUUUUCAGCUGCCCGCUCACACACUGCACACAUUGUGGGACAUGUUGUUUUUUGUGUGUUUUUGCUGAACACACGUCCAAGAUGCUUUAGUUGAUUUGCUUUAAUGGCAGAAUUGCUCCACAUGGUGGCACUGCAGCAUCACAGCGGGACAUGUCUGGCAUGACAGACUGUCUAUAUAGCAGUUUGCUGCCUGCUGGGUAUUCCAUAUAGGGCUUGUUGUUUAAUUAGAAGCUGUGUUGACACGGUGAGAUUAGGCUCAUAAUAUUUAAUGAGCACUUUGACAUUUCUUAGACUCACUUGCUGUGUCGAAGUAAAAGUUCACCAACAAUUCCAGA